AUGCUGAAGUACGUGCUGUUUAUUUGCGCGACCUUCGCGUAUGUCCCCGUGGGAAUACAAAGUAAAUUCUUCGAAACUCUGAUCAGACCGAAAUUGCCAUUCGGGCGGCACCCAAUAAAGCAAAAUUUUAAACAUGGAAAAAAAAAUAUAAGCCUAGACAAGCUCGAAAAGAAUAUUAUGAAAAAUGUGGACUCGAUCAACGUUAUGUUCGACCCCAAGGAUAAGAAAUUCGUCCCUUCCAAAUCGAAGAAGGCUCACAUAGUUGGAGGUUUCAGCCAGAACACGUCCGACCCGUCAGAUGUUGAAAGGAGCAAAUACGAGAAGGCCCUUCGGUUUCUCGAAAAAAUAAACAGCGAGAUGAUUGCUUACUCUACAAAAAUAACCCGAGAGCUGGACAGCCAGGAGUAUAAAACGCUUGGCAACUUUAAGCGCGCCUCGGCUUUACUGAAGGAGAGUUUGGCCACCAUGCAUUCGCUAGACAUGAUUAAGAACGACAAGACGGUUGAUUUCAACAAAUACAACCUCGAGUGGUACUCCAAGGCAACCCUGAAGGAGAAGUACGAGACUGAAAAGUACAUACACAGGAUCAUGAACAAGCUUUUCAUGGCCUCGAACAAGAAGAAAAAAAACAUGCAGAAGAAGAAAAUAGAUGAGAAUAUCGAGCAGCUCGAGAACGACUUACUCAUGCAGAGAUUUGUGAACGAAAAUAUAAACGUGAGCAAGCUGCUGAAGGAACAUGAAGGGAAGGCCCCAAAUUAUAUGGCCCCUAUGCACUCGGAUGUGUGUGGCCAAUUGGGCAGCACGUUCCUCAGCUUUAUGUUCGAGAAGCUGUUCAAGAGCGCAAUGACCCACGACAUCCCCUACUUCAAACCAUAUUUGCCUCGUCUCAAGCACAGGAUUCAUAACAUGGUCCACAAAGGAACGCUCAUACUUGUGGAGAAGGGCCUGGACGACGCUCUGCACACAUUCAAGCUCAAGGUGGCGGAGCUCAUGCAGAAAAAGUUCGGGUUUGUGGACAUGUGCUCGAGCAAGUGCAUCGUCGAGACAGUCAACGCGAACUACGACUUGGAGGAAUACAAAAACGAGUUCAAGCCCACCAACACCUCUCAGAGGAGAGCCGACAUGGUGAAGAUGCUAAUGUACUACUACCGAGACAAGCUGCACAAUAUUGAGACGACGGCGGACUUCCUGCUGAUCAUGCUUCUGUACCUGAGCUCUGCAACCGAGCACACGAAGAAGGGGUUCAUCGACGUGAGCUCCAUCAGCACCACGGACAAGUUCAACCUCCUGAACACUACAAUUGAUAGGAGGAAGAAGGUGAAAAAGGAAAAGAGGAACAGCUUUCUGAAGAUCGCCCCGUUCAACUUCUUCCGAGAAGAGCCAGAAGAAAAAUACGGCAAUGAGUCCAUUUUUGCCAUUGACGAUAUUAUAAAGACUUGCCUGCUGGCGAAGAAGUCACAGAACUUUAGCUCCUUGUAUGAGACGACGAAGGACGUGUGGAAUAGCAUUCAGAGCAUUUACUCUGCGUCGUAUGGGUUCGUUGCUUCAAAAAAGAUUAAGACAAAAAGCUUCGUCACCUCGAGGAUCAGGAAUGUGGGGUUUGUCUUUAACUGGUUCAACUACAAUAUGAAGCCCUCUCCUCAUGUGAAUUUUCUCGUGCACAAUUUUUCUCCCCUCAUUUCUGUGAGCCUGCAGUUGACCUUCUUCAUCAGCACCAUGAUCGAGCAGUACGAGUCGAGCUUCCUCAGCAACUUCUCCUCGACGCUGAAGAAGAUCUUCACCUUAGGGGCCAGUUCAGCGCACCCCAAGAAUUACGCCGACCUCGUGUCUUUUUCAGAAACAGAUUACCUGUUGAGACAUUCAAAGGCGGACAAGGCACAAAGGAUAAUCACACAAACGGUGAAAAUGUUAAAAAAGAAAUUCCUGUCCCUUCCAUACACCCCUACUCUCCUGGCCCAGUACAUCUCUAUCUUCCUGUCCCUGUGGGUCUUCGAAAAUGAAAAAAGCAUCACACUCGAUAAUCCUAACGUUACCAGGUUUAAGAAGCUCUUUUUCCUCUCCUACUUCGUUCACAACCGGGGCCCUGCGGAGAAGGCAGUAGAAAUAAUUUACGACAGGUGCAGAGGAAAGACAGACAAAAUUGUUCUAGGUUGCAUACACGAUUAUGGAGGAGCCAAGCAAAAGAAGAUUCUUGGUAUUAUAAAAAAAAAGUGUAGACCCACCAGAAUACCCAUCAGGAAGAGAAGUAUAAGAAAGGUCAUCAAAACUCUUAUGUCUUCUUUAACGGACCCAGUCGACAUUUUAAAAAUCGCUGUGGACACUGCUACUCGAUGUGAUCACUUUAGCCGCAGUGCCACCAUAAGCAAUAAAAAAAAGAACAAGAAUAAAAUGAACUAUGAUUUAUUUGUUAAGUCGGAGUUGUCCUUCCGUUACAUUUGUGCCGACGUGACGAAAAAAGUGGUGAAAAAAAUAAUCAGCGACGUGUCUCGACUGAAGAACAUGAGCGAGGCCCAGGACAUAAUCGACCAGUCGCUCAACAGCGUGCAGUACUUGAAAAUAAGAAACUACAAGGACAAGGACAGCAGCACGAGCAUUUUUUGUCCCUUCAUGGAAUCAAACGACAAGCACAUCCGUGAUUUGGAGCGGAAGCAAAUUUCGAUCUUCGUGCAUAAAAACGUGGGCAUACUAAACAUGCUCAAGGGGAAGGUCACCAACGUUUUUAAAAAGUCAAUCCACAUCAGGGAAGGCUUGAAAACGGACAGCCCCAUUUCGAUCAAAGUUGGAACGCGAAAGUUCAAUGGAUUUCUCUUUACGGGAGGAUACCAACUAAAUAUGGACAGCUUUGGACAAGACAACACACUGCACAUUGGGCUGUCCAAAUCGAGGAAAGUCUACGAUGGGCGACAGUUCGUCGACGAGUUAGAGAUCCUGAAGGCAGAUGGCGUCAAGCGGAUUGAAAUGAAAGGAAUCGACGAAGACAACGAGAGAAUUUAUGUCCUGCAGGAUAACACCAAAGUUCCUGAGUUUGAAUACGCCAUCCUUUACCCUAGCGCGGACAUUAUCAUUUUUGACGGAAACAACUACGUGUCUUCUUCCGCCCUUCGGGACAUGGGCCUGGAAUAUGAAAGAAUCGUCUGGGCCGGACAUGCAGUGGGCUGGGUUGCAGAGUUCGCCCUGGGAACCAUAUCGGAGAAUCCACUCCCCAUUUUCGAUGGCCACGCGUGGGUGCUACUGGACAAGUUGAGCGUGAAGAGCAUUUUAGGCGAAUUUCUACCGAGAGACGUGCGCGGCAGCCUGCUCGCCAGCACCGUCAAUUUUAUCAUCCUGAACAAGGAAGGGCGCCAGAUCUUAAAAAACACCACACCGGUCGUGAGCCUCAAGCAUGCAACCUUCACCCUGAGCGGUAUAUUAAAUUUCAUCAUUCGGGCCGAAAAGGGAAAAGGGAAUGAAAUUAUUGUGUACACAAGGAUACCAUAA